AUGAAACUGUGGUUUAAGCAUUUUCAUUUUUCAUUCUUUCUAUCAAUCUGUAUUGUUAUAUUCUAUUUAUUCAUAUGGAAGGAUCAAGAUUAUCUUCUAAAGCCUCAUCAAGCUGAUCCACGUGUAAGGAGAAUUCACGAAAGGUGGAAACGAUGUGUGAAAUCUAAAAGUCAAAGACUUGAAUUCGAUGCUCAGAAAUACAACAGUGAAAUCUGGAGAAUACUGACUAAUUGCUCAACCGUUUAUUCCACAGUCAAAUAUCAGAAUGUAUUGAAUCAGGAGAAUACUCAGUCAUCAAUGCUUUCCAAAUACGAUCUGCCAGAUUCAUUAAGCUUAUACUUCACUGGAAGCCCUUUAGAAAAUGAGAAUGGAGAGAAUGCAUGUCUGAUUUGGUCAGAGGUGUUAUCACCCCAAUGGUCCGAUGUCGAUAAUCGCUCUGUGCGUAAUGGACUUACAAGGAUUUUGAUUGAAAAUGAAUAUUUCCUCUUCUUCCAUAAAGAGAAAUCCAUUUUGUAUUUAUUGAAUUUUGGAGUCAUUUGUAACUAUGAUCGGGCGAAGAAGUUGGAAAUAGAAAAUGAAUUGGCUGGAGAAGCUGAGCCCUAA